GAGUGGUACGUGUGCCUACAUAGUCUACCAUCUUCAUCCAUCUAAUGAAGUGAACUAAGCUGCUUUUCAAGAAGUUCUUUAAACACUCUUGAAGGUCAAGGUAAUCCUGACAAUGUCUUGGUUCUCCGGAUUUGGUUCUCCAAAGAGCAAUCUGCCAGCAGUCACACCUCUUCAAGCUCAACGAGCAAAACAGAUUGAAUCACUCAGAACCCUCAAUCCCAAUGUGGUGGAGCUAAAACGAGAUGAGGAAUACAGAGUUGGAUUCUCAUGUGGGGCAAAUAAUGUAACAUUCACUAUAUCAUUGCCAGCAGAUUUUCCACAAACAAAGCCAGUCAUUACAGUAGCGCCACCAAUGAGGCAUGGCUUAGUUGAUGAAUCUAUGCAAGUUGUUAGAUACCUUCCUCUUAUCAAUUUCAAUGUACAAACUGAUUUGGGAAGACUUGUACAGAAUUUGAUUCAAGAUUUUAGUAAAGUUCCAAUGUUUAUCCAGCCGGAUGCAAGUCAGCAGAGGACCAUUCCAACAGUGCCACAGUACCAGCAUUUCAGGCCCCAGCCUGGACCUACCCAACAGCAGCUUCCCCCUCUACAACACCCUUUACCACCUCACCAUCCAUUACAACACCAGACACCACAUCAACCAUCACCUCCACACCAUGCCUCAUCACACAUGACUCCGCCCCAUCCUAACAUGACCCCGCCCCAAUCCAACAUGACCCCACCCCAUCCUAACAUGACCCCGCCCCAAUCCAACAUGACCCCACCCCAUCCUAACAUGACCACACCCCAUAUGAACAUGCCCUCAGCCACACCUCCCAAUCAGUUCACUCCUCAGAUGCCCACCCCUCAUCCUCCUUCCAAUGCUUCAUCUUAUCCAUCAUCAUCAUCAUCAUCGUCAUCAGUACCUGUAACCACAUCAUCAUCCUCAUCAUCAUCAUCUACAGCUAAGGUCCCUAUGAAUGGUAUGAAUGUUGAACCCAAUACACCAGUUCCUGGUAUAUCGAGCAGUUUUGGUCUGAGUGAUUUUCAUCGGUACACCAUGCCAGCCAUCCCUCCUUCAUUUGAUGAUUUAUUCAAAGACUACACCCAAGAGCAGCUUCAAGAUCUGAUAAAUGACGAUGAGAAGCUUGAUGAUAUCUUUAGAAACGUUCCCCAGCUUGCCAAGAUGCAUACUGACAGGACAGAGCUGUAUCAAUCAUGUGAAGAAAUAGCAAAAUUGAACCUUAGUUAUCAGCCCGAGAUUGAAAGACUGAGAAGAGAGUUAGGAGAAAUAGUCAAAUUUAGAAAUGAACUGAAAAACAAUUUUGAAUUGAAGUGUCAACAACAACAGAGCUUGAAUGAGCAAUGUUCCCUUUCUCAUCUGAUGGAUAAUAUGAGAGUUUCUGCAGCUGAUGCCGAGCAUCAAUCGGAUGACUUAGCUGAGAGGUUCUUAGAAGAUAAGAUUACUCUAGAUGAAUUCUUAAAGCAGUUCAGUGAACAAAGAAGACUUCUACACAUCCGAAAAGUCAAGGAGGAAAAGCUAAGUCAACUGAUACCCAAUCAAGAAAGAUAUUGAAUUAAUCCAUUGAAUUUUG